AUGCCUUCGCACAAGCGCCAGAAGCUGUCACCACCUGAAGACCGCAAUGAUGACAAGGAGUCGACUGUAUCAGUGGACGAAUCGCAAGCCUCGGUAGACGACAACGACGAUGCAGACUUGGACAGUUUUGGUGAGGGCUCGGGAAUGGAUGAGGAGGACGACAUUCAGAACCUCAAGCCUCAAAAAUCGAAACAAACCUCGAAGCGAAAAAUACGCGCAACAGGCGGGUCAAAAUUUGGCGCCACGCUAGAGUUUCUUCUAGAGACAGAAACACCGUCGACUCUGCCAUUAUCUCUCAAACCUUCAAUAGCACGGAAACGGAAUGAUGAAAAACUGGAACUACGAGCAAAGAAGGUCCUUCAAAUAGAAAAGAAGGAGAAGGAAGACAAGGCUCGGGUAAAAGACGUAAUUGGAGGUUGGGGAGGGGAAAGCGAGAGGGCAUUGCGAAAGGUGGCACAGCGAGGAGUUGUCAGACUUUUCAACGUUAUCCAACAAUCUCAGGCCCAGGUAGCAACUACGGCAGAAGAGGCGAAGGCCAAUCGCGGCGCUGGCAAACCGUCACUCCCUGCCCCCGUUGUGGAAAGUAAAGGCAAAAGCAAAGGUAAAAGCAAGGAUAAUAUCAUCGGGAGAGGCAAAGAAAGUACAGUUGACAAAGAUGAUUUCUUCAACAUGAUAAGGUCUGGAGGCGUGGUCUCGAAGGCGUAA